UUCAAUGGCUUCUGCUUCAAACGCCAUUGAAGUCCCUGUGUUUAUCGACACGAGCUUAGGAACCCACAUUGCGAUCUCCGUCUCUCCUGAUCUUACGGUUGCCGAAUUUAAGAGAAAUUUUGAGAUCGUGCAUUCGAGUUGUUAUCCCGGAAUAGGAAAUGUCAAAGUCGAUGGAUCGAUGGUUAAGCGGAAAUCUUUCUUUUAUCACUUGCCUGAAUCGAUGCCCAUAAAGCACGCUUUUCGGGGUUCCAAAAAAACGUGGUUUUUGUACACGGAAGUAUACCCUUUAAACAAGAAAGCUUCAUCAACCCCCCAAUCCGAAGCCGUUCAUGGCGAAAAUAGAACGAAGAAAAACUGCUCAAAGUCAAACCGAAAGAAAAGAACGAGAAAGGGUGUUCCAUCCUCGAAUCCUGUCAUGACGACGGAUCCGAGAUCCGUUCAUAUAUCCAAGAAAACAGUGACAAAUGCUUGUUCCAUUAUGGAACCAACGAGUGAACGACCGUCUGAAUCAACAUCUGUAUCAGUAUCAGUAUCAGGUAUCAUCAACAAAUACUUCUCUGUAUAUGAUGAGGUGACUUCGACCAAAUCAAAACCCCGAAUGUCGGAGUAUGCGCCAACGACGCCUUCGGUAACGACGAACGUUCGAGCCUCGAGGGGUCAAAGUAAAUCUAGUGGAGUUGGAAGAAGACUCAUUGUAGCUGCAAAUAAUCUUGGGGUAUCAACAAGUGACAAAAAACCAGUGGUUUCUCUUUGUAGAUUCAAAUGUGAAAAGUCAUCUUUAAUUGUAAGACAUCCAAUUUUUGAGAUUGGUGAAUGAUAAUUAAU